GUGCGGAUGAAUGACUCUAGCACGUUACCUCUAGUGCCUGGCUGCACUACUGACUCUGGUGUUGACUUGUGGACGCGUCGACGUCAUGUUGGAGCUCGCGGCCGCCAAGACGACUAGCCCAGAAAGUGCAUCCUGAACACCACGCGAAGGCGUUGCAGGUAUCAGGACUUUCCGAUGUCAUUACGCCAGCUUUCGUUCGCGCUACGGACUGCACGACAGGCGCAACUAGCAUCAGCAACGUGGCGCCAAAAUGGCCGUCUCUUUGUGCGGAGCUGCUCUUGCUCUGCGCCUCACCAGUUACAGCACACAGUGACUGUCUCAUCUGAGGCACCCGCCAGUGCGCAAUUGAACCCUACAACCGGCACCCCGCCUACGCCCUCCCUCGACCACCGAACUCUCGCGCAGACACAUAACCUCUUCAUUACAUCUCCGUACAGCCCUGGCUCACCGCUCAUUCUUCCCAACGGCGCCUAUGUCUUUCAGAAGUUGCAGUCGUUCCUCCGAGCGCAGUAUCCACAAUUCGGCUUCCAGGAGGUCAUUACACCCAUAAUAUAUAAGAAGUCGCUAUGGGAGAAGUCAGGACACUGGGAGAACUAUGCCGAGGAUAUGUUCAGUGUGCAGGGGCGAGGUACAACGGCGCAAAUUCCAGAAGCAGAAGGUGGAGAGGACGGAGAGUUCGGCCUGAAGCCAAUGAACUGUCCAGGCCACUGCUUGCUGUUCAGGGAUGAGAUCAAGAGUUAUAGGGAUCUGCCAGUCAGACUUGCCGACUUCAGUGCUCUACACAGGAACGAGAUCUCAGGCGCCUUGACAGGUCUGACCAGGGUCCGGCGGUUUCACCAGGACGACGCGCACAUCUUCUGUCGACCAGAUCAAAUCUUGGCCGAGAUUGAGCAGACACUUAAGUUUGUGGGCAUGGUAUACAACACGUUUGGAUUAGGUCCCUACAAGCUGCUUCUCUCUACCCGGCCAAAGGAUAGCUUCAUCGGCACUAUUGAGGAAUGGGAUCGUGCAGAGGAGCAGUUGACUACUGCGUUGAACAACAUCGGAAGCGAAUGGGCGAUCAACGAAGGAGACGGAGCAUUCUAUGGGCCGAAGAUUGACAUCAUCCUAAAAGAUUCGAAUGGCAAAGAGCAUCAGACGGCAACCAUACAGCUGGACUUCCAACUUCCGCAGCGCUUCGACCUACAAUACCAGGCAUCGCCGGAAGAACUAGAGGCGGGGCCACAAUCGUCCAUGGACGCAGGUCUAGAUCCAGCCCUUCGCCGCCCGGUCAUCGUCCACCGCGCUAUCUACGGAUCCAUCGAGCGCUUCAUGGCUCUGCUGAUCGAACACUAUGCCGGCAAAUAUCCGUUCUGGCUGUCUCCCCGGCCUGCCAUCGUCUUGUCGCUGAAUUCCGACCCAAAGGUCCUUGAACAUGUCUCGCGCAUUCAGUCUGUCCUCUCGGGGCUCACACCAUCUGACGCACCAGAAAUUUCCGCAUCGUCACCUAAGCCACUCCCGUUGUCGACCAUACACCUUCCCAUAGACGUUGACACCAGCGACCGUUCGCUCGGCAAGAAGAUCGCUGAAGCAAGGACAAAGAAGUACAACCAUAUCAUCGUCGUCGGUGGUAAGGAGGUUGAGAGCGGCAGCAUGAACCUCCAGAUCAUGAAUCAGCCGAACGAGGAAUCCACUAUAGAGGCGUUGCAAGUCUCCUUAGGAAAGACACUCACUGACAAAGAGCGAUCGAAGGCCACUGUGAACGUCGAUCUGGAUUCUGCUAGAAAAUAUUUCGAGAAUCUAGCCAACUCAUUCUUGUAAUGCAGAGUCAAUCCGCAAUCAAAAGCUCGCCCGUCACCAAUAAUGCACCGUUAUGAUUACUCCGCAUCUAGUCCUACUCUUCACUGUUGUCCUGUGUUGACGUCAUCAUCAAGUUCAUUCUGAACUGUCAUGUAGCACGCGUAGCUAUUAUUCGUUAUCGUGUAAUUGAGAGAUCAAGUGCGGUCGAAUGCCCUAUUUCGGUUCUGAGAUCACUCAAGCACGCUUUCACCCCACGAUUUCGGGAUGAUCAUCAAGACAGAAUAUCAUGCAAUCAGGUUAUGUAUAUCCAGAAGAAUAUCACAAUAGCAUUCAUUUUGAUUUCACUUCUGCCGGAAAAGUCGCCUGUAGGAUCCUUGAUGUGCAGCUCGACAACAUGGAGGCACAGUGAGCGAACCAUCCAGAGCAUUCCUGCAACAGGACCAUGGUCAGACAUCU